AUGAGACGUACAAGAGGCAGGCCAGGCGCUCGUUCAAUGUCACGUCCUCCAUCUCGACGAACUGCAUUCAUUUGGCACCGCAUUCCGCUGACUUGCUGGUAACUCAUGACUACUCUCUUUGAGUCCGCAUUCCUCUCAUUUCAUGCAAGCGGCAUAGUAUGACUGCAGACGAACACGAUGAGGAUCAAGCAAGUCUUUCCACGCUGAGCGCACGACGCCGGGAGAGUGCGCCCGCUGCCUCACCCAAUCUCGAGAAGCGGAGUGAUAGUCACAAUGGCUUCCUCGCUGCUCCACGGCCCUCGGCUCCAAUUCGCCCCAUGUCCCCCGACACCCUCUCCAUCUUUUCGCUGGAUGAGUUUGAACAGCUCAGCCGCACGUUUUCUGGGAAUCCUUCCGGCACAGCAUCUGUCCCGCCGCCGCCGUCGAAACCCCGACCCGGUCUGAGGGGUAAACUCGAUCGCUUCUGGAUUCGAAAUAAGGGAUUGGGGUACAUGCUCUUUGGGCAGGUUUUUGGCGUGCUGAUGAAUGUCACCGUCCGCUAUCUCGAGAUUGAAGGCAACAAAGGCAAAGGCCUCCACCCAUUUCAAAUCCUCUUUGCUCGAAUGAGCAUCACAUUCUUCCUGGCCACCGCGUACAUGUGGUACGCAAAGACGCCUUACUUUCCAUUUGGAAUGCCCGAGGUGCGCUGGCUUCUCAUAGCUCGAGGGCUCGCAGGGUUUUGGGGCAUUUGGGGGAUGUACUACUCCAUCUUGUACCUACCCAUAGCCGAUGCCACGGCCAUUACAUACCUGAGUCCUUCACUCGCAUGCUACGCCUGUGCCAUUCUCUUAAAAGAGCCAUUUACUCGAAAGGAACAGCUUGCCGGGUUGAUUUCCUUGUGUGGCGUCGUGCUCAUUGCCCGCCCGACAACACUCUUCGCCGGCCUCAGUGACAGUCCAGCGGGAUUAUCAGGAGACAAUGUAUCCACGAAUAGUACCGCGCCGGCAGUAUCGGAUGCAAGCAGCUACGCCGACAUCACCACCAUCCAGCGCCUGACCGCAGUCGGAGUGGCACUCUUGGGCGUCAUUGGUAGUGCCGCCGUCUACACCGUCCUUCGAUGGGUGGGACAGCGAGCUCAUCCUUUGAUUACCGUCAAUUACUUUGCUGCCUGGUGUUUCUUUGUCAGCUCCGUCGCCAUGUCGGUCCUUCCGGAAGUCGGCUGGCUGCUUCCCGCAGAUUUGAAAGAAUGGGGCUAUCUGUUGUUCUUGGGCGUGUGCGGGUUCAUCAUGCAAUUCCUCAUGGCUGCCGGCCUCGCAUACGAAAAGUCCUCCCGCGCCACCAACAUGGCAUACUCAUCCAUGAUCUUCGCCCUGUUUGCCGACAAGAUCUUCUUUGACCAUUCCCCGGGGGUCAUGUCGAUUCUGGGGUGUAGCUUAAUCUUUGGUUCUGCGAUUGUGGUCGCUACACAGCAGGGUCCGGUGAAAGCCGAGGGCAAGGAUGAGGUGAUGGAUGAUGAAAGUCGAGUGGGAUUGAUGAACGGAGGCGAGGAUCAUCAGCUACGCACGUUACGAUAGACAUGAGCCCAGAACAUCAGCAUUAUUGCAAUUGGCUGCCUCGUUUGUGCAGAUGCCGUCGGGGGGAUGUUGCAACCGCGAAAUUCAGCCCCGCGGGCCAACAUUCUUUCCGUCUCCGCUUACCUCCGGGUUUGACAGGCCAAACUCCGACCCCAGUGAAGGACAGGUAUCACAGUGAAAUGGUAUAUAUUGAGGCGAUGGAAUGCUGUAAUUCACUGAAU